AUGAAAAGGCUUAGUCUGGAGAAAACUGAGGUAUGGAUUACUCAAGUUAUCAAAAAUAUAUGUUAUCUCCAUAUGAUAUGUGUAUUUUUCUCUUUGGCGGGUAUCCUUCCCAAUGCUAUCGUUGGAGAUCUUGAUUCUAUUCACCCGGAUGUUCGAAAACACUACCAGGGCAUGGAAGUACCUAUUAUUGAGAACCCAGACCAAUAUUCAACGGAUUUUAUGAAAUGUCUUAGUUAUCUUGCAGAUAACUGCAGUGAUAUUGUCAAUACCACCUGCCAGCAUAGCGAUAAUGGUUCCGGCAGCCACUCUAAUAGUUCAUCCAAAGCUCUAGAUGUUGUCAUAUUUGGCGGAUUAGGUGGGCGUGUUGACCAAGGAUUUGCCCAAAUCCACCACCUAUUCUGUACUACUACAUCUGCUUCGGAACAGAUCAGACGGCCAAAUGGUGAAUUAUAUCUGAUCUCUGAGGAGAGCAUCUCCUUUUUCCUACGCCCGGGGAACAACGUAAUACAGACCUUUGGCGGCUCGUAUUUUGGGGAAGAGAAAGAAGCCGGCUCUGGGCUAAGUGGUCGUCAAACAAACAAUGCAGACCAGCAAGCUUAUUUCUCGGAAAAUAUAGGAAUUAUCCCCAUCGGAGGUCCGUCGAUAAUAUCCACACAGGGCCUCGAAUGGGAUGUGAGUGAUUGGAAAACGGAAUUCGGUGGUAAUUUAAGUACGAGCAACCAUAUCAGAGCAGACUUGGUUAAGGUCGAAACUUCGGCCCCAGUACUCUUUACCGUGGAGCUAGCGCCGAGCUUGAAACUAGAUGUAUCAAACUUUUCCAGAUGA